AUGGGAAUUAAAAAGGAGGCACUUCGAAGAGCCCGAGAGGAGAAUAUCCUGAAGGAAGAGGAUAUGGUGAAACCAAAGAAGACCAAGCUGGAAUCUUCUUCCUCGAAGACAAGGCAGAUAAGGAAGCCAACACCUUCCUUCGAUGCUCAAAAUCCUAUCCCUCCACCUAAGCCUCAAUCAAAACCAUCUGUUAGGGAUGAGAAGAGGAAGAAAGGGAAACUUGGAAGAGUUUAUACAACAACCACUGCAGAAGAGGAAACUGAAUCUAAUGAAGUAGUGAGGGAAGUGAAGAAGAGUGCUACUGCUGCUAGGGUUGUGAAGUGGCAAUCCUUCGGUGGAAAUGAUAUUGAUAACAAUCAACAUAUUGCAGACUCCGGUGUAGCAAUUCAGGAUCCUCCGAUGAUGAAUGUUGAUUUAGAGAAGAUUACUGAGGAGGUUGGUGAUGAGAAGUUUUUUGGAGAUCUACAUGUUCCUCCAUUCUUGGAUGAUCUUUCUUUAGAUUGCCUUCUUUCACUUUUUGAUGUUGAUGAUAUUACCUUUGAUGAUGGUACCUUAGAGGAGUUUGAAUAUAAAGUAGAAAUUGAGCAUUACGAUGAUCCAAAAGCUCCUUGUAUAGCUCCUACUUCUCGAGUUGAUAUCACACAUUCAUCUUUUGUUGGUGAUUUUUAUGAGUCAUUGCGAGAGACCUCUUCCAAAUCAUCACUGGUAUCUUUUACGAACCAGACAGAAUCAUGGCAGAAAGAUAAAGAAAACCUUGCUUGCCAAGUAAGAGCUGGACAGGGAGGAAAUGAAUAUGAAUCUAAAUUUAAAAGCCUCGACCUUCCUGGUUUUGGGUUUCUGGAUAUGUGCUGUGUAUGCACAACGAGCCUUGCCUGUGGAGGAACAGACGAGGUACGCAAUGAUAGCCACGGCAUAAGUUGGACGUGUGAUAAUCUCUACAUCGAAUCUGGAGAAAGCAACACACCCUCAAAUUCAGCCAGUGCUCUUGAUUAUCAACUGCAACAUCUCCGCAGUUUUCCCCAAGGGAAACGAAAUUGCUAUGUCUUACCUGCAAACCAGGGAACCAAAUACCUAAUCCGCGCCUCUUUUCUUUACGGCAACUACGACGGCCUUCAGUCGGAGCCAAAAUUCGAGUUGCUUAUAGAUGCCAACCUCUGGACCACUGUUAUGAUAAACGAUGCGCGAGAUAUUGUUGUGAAGGAAGCGAUCAUGAUGGCGAGGACGACAUCAAUUGGAGUAUGUUUGGGGCGCAGCGGCACUGACACCCCCUUCAUUUCUUCGCUGGAGCUUCGACCCAUCAAGCCUUCCAUGUACGCUAUGGUCAGUCUUUCUUUCUCUAUGUUUGGCGUCCUGCGUGAAGACUGGGGAGGGCAAGAGGGCUCGUCGAUAAGAUAUCCUGACGAUGAGUUCGAUAGAAUCUGGACGACGCUAGGAGGUGGAUCGAAUUUAAUUCCCAUCAACACGUCUAAAAUGGUGGAUACUUCGGUUACAGAUGUACCAGCUUCUGUGAUGAGCACUGCCUUGGCUCCCCUCAACAUUUCAUUCCGUCAAUUCUAUUGGAUUCGAGAUUUUGAGCAAGCUGGUGGAUACUAUUUUGCCAUGUACUUCCUGGAGAUUCAGGAAUUGAAACCCAAAGAUAUCCGGGAGUUCAGUAUUAGCAUAGAUGGCGUUCAAUGGUAUGGAGACAACCUACGCCCUACAUACAGCGCAAUCACCGUUUAUUCAAAUCAAAGCUACCCAAUUUCUAAAAAGGGAUCAUGGAACUUUACGCUGAAUGCGACCUCCCGGUCGACGUUGCCCCCUCUCAUCAAUGCCUGGGAAGCCUAUCGCUUUAGCUCCCUUCUUCUCAAUGGCACUUACGUCGAUGAUGUGGUUACAGUUGUUGAUAUUGUAAGGUACUUUAAUCUAGAAAAGGAUUGGACAGGUGACCCUUGCAUACCAAAACAAUAUUCUUGGGAUUGGAUAAAUUGCAGCACAGAUUCUUCACCUAGAAUUAUUGCAGUGCAACUCUCAGGAAAGGGGCUUAAUGGCACGAUACCUGCCAGUUUCGGUGAUCUCUCUGCUCUUGUUAUAUUGGAUUUAUCAAACAAUAACUUGAGUGGUUCAAUACCAGAAGAGCUUAGCCAGUUAUCCAAUCUAAACGAAUUGAAUUUGGCAAACAAUAAGCUAACUGGAUCCAUCCCGGAGGGUCUUGCUAAUAAACAGCGAAAUGCAAAUCUGAAUUUAAGUGUCUAUGGGAAUAAUAUGGAUUGCCAAUCCAUUGUUUGCAAUAAUCCUUCUGCUAAAAAUAAUAGCAAGAAAACCGUUGUGUGGGGGACCAUAGCUGGAGUUGCAGCAGUUGCAAUUUUCAGUGCAGCAUUAGUGGUGUUCAUAAAAAGGAACAAGUCAACGAAGACUACUCCAUUAGUAGUGAGCACAACAAGUAAGACAGAAGAAAAAUCUGCGCAGUUAGCUCUUGUAAAAGUGGAAGGAAGCCGAUCAUACAGUUACCAAGAGGUGAUAGAGAUGACCGGUGAUUUCCACAAGCAGAUUGGAAAAGGAGGAUAUGGACCAGUUUACAUAGGUUGGCUUCGAGGCAAGGAAGUAGCAGUCAAAUUAUUAUCUGAUAAGUCACAUCAGGGUCCAAAAGAAUUUUCUACUGAGGUGGAUAUGCUCUCUAGAGUACACCAUAAGAAUUUGGUAAAAUUCAUUGGCUACUGCAUUGAGGAAGAGAAUAUGAUUCUAAUUUACGAAUUUAUGUCCAAUGGAGACCUGCGACACUCUCUCAAUGGCCAAAGUUUAUCUGAAAAAUGCCUCGAUUGGGAAACAAGGGUCAAUAUUGCAUUGGAUGCUGCUCAAGGUUUAGAGUAUUUACAUCAUGGCUGCAACCCAUGCAUUAUUCACAGAGAUGUGAAGAGCUCAAACAUCCUACUCAAUGAUCGCAUGGAGGCAAAAGUAGCAGAUUUCGGAUUGUCAAGAAUUGUUCCUUUGGAGGGAGCUACUCACAUAAGUACAGUAGUGAAAGGCACCACGGGAUAUAUAGACCCAGAAUAUUACAUUCUUCAUCGACUGACAGAAAAAAGUGAUGUAUAUAGCUUUGGGGUUGUUCUAUUAGAAAUUAUUUCUGGACAGCAUCCUGUGGUUCUUGAGUCCUCAGAUGGAGAAGCAGCUCACAUCACUAGCUGGACAAGGGAAUUCAUGUUGAGGGGAAAUAUAGAGAGAAUUGCAGAUCCUGCUAUGGAAAAGAAGUAUAAGAUAGAGGACUUAUGGAAAUUAGCAGAGUUAGCCAUGGUAUGUUGUUCAAACCAGUCAGUGCAGAGGCCGACAAUGAGUGAGGUGGUGAUGGAAUUGAAGGAAUCGAUGGUAUCGUCAUCCCACUCGAAUCCAAGCUCAGAACUUCCACAGUGGAGAUCCCCAACUAAUCUUUCUCCUUCACGUGAAGACCCAUACCUAUCGUUGUUAAAUCCCCGGCCAAGAUAAUGAUCGAGGAGAAAUCACAAAUGAAAGUUCCUCUGAUUGGGACCGUAAGAAAAAUAGACGGCUUUGAGUAAACUCUUAUGAGCUGCAACGGCGUGGUUUUCAAUGAUUCAUUCAGGCAUAUUUAUUUUGUUACUGCAGAUGUUUGUAGUAUCUGCUUAUUGAUUUUUUGGGCGUGGACAUUUCCACUGAUAAAUUGGCUCUGCGUGCAUGUUUCCAUUUUAGGAUCAAUUAAGCCUAGAAUUUAACGUGCGCGGCCUGCUUUUACAGAUUGAAGUACGAAUUUUUUAUUUUA